UGCCUUCAGCCAUAUCAACAACUGGAACCGCUCAGACUGCUUGCGAGCUCAACAGCCAUGAAACCAGGGAUCAAACAACUACCUCCGCGGGCCCUAUGUGCAUAUCACUCGACUCUGAGAUAAGCCUGCUCAACUCCUCUUUUUUUGAGUCUCUCGAUCGAAUUGAUAUCUCUGACUUGGACACCUUUAUUGGUACGAGUUCCCCGAAUUCUUCACCACCAGUGCUUGGGCGAUCCACGGGAAAGAAUAUUUGUCUCUCCACACGGGACAGACAGCAUUUGCUCUCUACGCUAGAUCGCCCUGCUUCAUCUGGCCCCAGUUCCAUUCCCGCCGGAGCUUGUUCUCUCCCGCAACCCUCUGGGAAAAACUUGCGCCUGUCCGCCGGGGACAGGCAAGAUUUGCUUUCCGAGCUCACUCCCGAUGUUCAGGCGAAUCGGAGCCCCAGAAACGCUUCUUAUUCUCCGCCAUCAGACACACGAAAUGCACCGCGCCUGCCUUUGAGACCCAAUCACGGGCGUCUCAGAAGGAGGAGUAGCAGGACCCGCAGGAUCGCAAGGACAACGAGGACAACGCGAACACGCACCCGAAGGCAGCUGGCUUCAAUCGCUCUUCGCGCGGUAUCUCUGUUCACUGAAUUAGUUCAGCUCAUCUUAUAAAAAACUUUGUUUUUGUUUUUGUUUUUGUUUUUUUUCAUUUUGCUUUUCAAACAUACUCGCUUUUGUGGUUUUUUGUUCUUUUAAUAAAUGGAUAACCAGGAACAAGAUAUUACAGACCCGUUUCUUGCUUUAGAAACAGCGUUAGCUAGGUUAAAUGAAAAUAUACACCAUUCUCAGAUUACAUAUUCACAAAACAGUGAGCAACCUGAGGUGAUCAACAAUAAUGAUCCUUUAGAAUUGCUUAAUUUAGCUCUUGCCCGAUUAGCGCCCAAUGAAAGUGCCUUUCAAAAUAAUUCUUUGAGUUUUGGAUUGGAUCAUGAUGAGAUCCAAACAGAGUCAGAUGCGGUUCAAUCACAAAUGAGUCUGACACAAAACAUCUCCUCUUCUGAUCCGUUUUUAGCAAUUAAUAGAGCUUUAGAAGCUUUGGCCCAAAUACAAAAUGAGGUUCAAAUACCGCCAGAGUUAUUGAGUCAAAUAAACAGGCUAAAUCAAAAUCGUUUCAAUGAUUCUCAAAGCCAGCAUUCGCUAGUCUUUUCCGCAGACAAUGCAUGUCCCAACGGACCGCUCAGCCGCAGCCCACCGCUACAGCUGUCGACCACUUUCAAUGACUCUAAUCCUGAUCAAUCACUCAACUCUCCCGCAGACAUUGUCUCUGCGAACGAGCCACUUAACCCAUUAAACCAUGAUCACUCCUUUCAACAAGGGGGUAAUCCAGACCAGAGUUGCGGCAGUAAUUCAGCACAACCCUCUAUAGUUGUUAGAAAUAAAUUUAAUAACGUUGAAAUUAGAGAAAUUUUGAAUUUCCCUCCUCCAAACGAUAUACCCGACUAUGCCCAUUAUUAUCAAAGCGUAAUGUCUAGUGCACGUGAAAUAUCAAACAGGCUUUUCUCUCACGCACGUCCAGGUGAUCAUAUCCAGUUAGAAUUGAUAGGCCAGCAGUUACAAAAUAAUGUUUCAGUGAUUUUACGUGAUAAUCAUGAUUUAUCUGAAUUUGAAAAUUUAUUCUUGAGAGCGGUACAGUCAAACUGGUCAGUAAUGUGUGAUGGCUCGCUGGAGGUUGUAGCUCAGAUUGUUACACCCCCAAAUGGCAGUGGGAAAAGAUUGCUUAAACACAUACUCAACAGCGAAAUUGUGAAAAAGAAAAGACGUUUUUUAUACGUGGUCCAUAACCCCUCGAAUAAGUUGUGUUUUGCUACAAGUGUUGCCCACCUUCUGCAACCCGAUUUUAAUGACUAUCAAGCACAAACAUUAGCUAGAGAAAUUCAACAAAAAGCUGGUCUAAAUGAUCAAACACCUGUUGGGUUUAAUCAAAUAAUUACAUUUGAAAGGUUACUAGGAUGUAAAAUUAUAGUAUUUUACCGUAACGAGUAUGAUCGCACCCUUUGUAAAUUUCAGACUAGUACAGUCAAUAGCGCAAAAGCCUUGUGUUUAUUUUUAUUUGACAAUCAUUACUACGCUAUCAAAAAUCUUAAAGGAUUUUUGGGCACAGCGUAUUUGUGUACUCAUUGUUACAUAGGCUUUAACCAUGUGUUAUCCCAUUUCUGCCCUGCUCGUUGCUCAGUCUGUAUGCAGCCUGACUGCAACGAUCAUUUCCUCUCCCCUAUUGUAUGUACCGAUUGUAAUCGCACCUGUAGAUCUCGUUAUUGUUUUGACAGCCAUAAAAAACUCGUUGAGAGGCGUGAAAGGUCCGCCAGCAACUGCGACCUCUACAGGAAAUGUAUCAAGUGCUCGAGGCUAUAUUGUUUAGCAGCACAUGAAAAACCUCACAAAUGCCAAAAGAGAAAAUGCCCAAUCUGUCGUCAGGAAAUCUCUAGUGAUCAUCAAACACAUGAGUGCUAUAUGCAGGUUUUACAACGCGAAACAAAACAUAAUAACAAGUUGAUUUUUUAUGAUUUUGAAACUUUUGUUAACGAACACGGUGAGCACAGCCCUUUUCUGGUGUGUACAAAAACAUCAGAUGGUAAAUCUUGGAGCUCUCAUGGCGAGCAUUGCGUUGAAAACUUUCUUGCUCAUUUUAGACGCCCCCUCUUCAAGGGCUCAAUCUUUAUCGCUCAUAAUGCAAAGGGUUUCGAUGCGUACAUUAUCCUUCGCGGGUUAGUUAGGCGAGGAUUAAAACCAAACUUGAUAAUGCAAGGUUCCAAAGUGAUCAGCUUUACAGACCCAGACUUUAAUCAACGUUAUAUGGACUCGUCAUGCUUCCUACCUAUGCCAUUGUCAGCUAUCCCGAAAGCGAUGGGAUUUUCAGAUAGUGUUAAAGGUUUUUUUCCUCAUUCUUUCAGCUCCAAACAAAACCUAACUUAUGUUGGACCGUACCCUCCCCCUUCCGCAUUUAGUCUCGAGCGCAUGACAUCAGAAAGUAGACAGGAAUUUUACAAAUGGUAUGAUUCAGUCAGCUCUGGCCCCUUCGAUUUCAUGAAACAGGCACUGUUAUACUGUAAAAAUGAUGUUGAAAUUCUAGCUCGGGGUUGCACAUUGUUUAGAAACGGGUUUAUUGAAGAGACAGGAGUAGAUCCUUUCAGUCGCAACACGCUUGCAAGCGCUUGUCUUAAAACGUAUUUGACAAACUUCAUGCCUGCCAAUUCUCUUGCCCUGCCCUGUCCUUUAAAUUACCAUAAUCAGGUAAAAUCAUUUUCCUCAUCCUCAAUUCAAUGGCUCGAAUAUCUCUCGUGUACCCAAGGUGUUUUUAUCAGACAUGCGCUCAAUCAAGGAGAAAAACAGCUCGGUAGUUAUUAUGUAGAUGGAUAUUCCGAAAAUAAUGGUAAAACAUACGCGUGGGAAUUUUUGGGCUGCUACUUCCAUGGGUGUGUUAAGUGUUUUUCCAAUCAGUCCGAUGUUAACCCCCUGCUAGGUUCCUCUUUUGCAGAGUUAAACAGCGCCACUCAAGACAGGCUAGCUAGAUUGAGAGCUGAGCAUAAUGUCUCUCUUGUUAUAAUCUGGGAGCAUGAGUGGACCGAGUUAAAACGUAGUGAUGAGAGUGUAAUCAGCUUUCUCAAACGUUAUGAUCCACCAGAGCCUUUGAUCCCCCGCCAUGCCCUCUUUGGAGGCCGUACAAGCCCAGCACAACUUCGCUGUAGUGCCGGGCCCCGUGAGAAAAUCAACUAUGUCGAUGUCACCUCCCUGUAUCCAUAUGUAAAUAGUACAUGUAGUUACCCCUUAGGUCAUCCUCAAAUAAUCUUUCAAAAUUUUCAGCACCCUCAAAACUACUUUGGGUUUAUCAAAGCCACUGUUCAUCCCCCGAGAGGGCUCUAUUUCCCCGUUUUACCAUAUAAAACAAAAUCAGGAAAACUUCUCUUUACUCUCUGUCGCACUUGUGCUGAAAUGAACAACCAACAAGGAGCCUGUAACCAUAGUAACGAGGAUAGAGCACUGAGAGGGGUUUGGACCACUCCCGAGUUUAACCUCGCAUUAGAAAAGGGUUAUGAAAUAGGUCGAAUCACAGAGGUAUGGCACUUUGAGAGACAGAGUAACACAAUAUUCACAGACUAUGUACAUCAUUUCCUGCGCAAAAAACAAGAAGCUUCAGGCUACCCAUCAGAUGCUGUAACUGAGGAGGCUAAACAGCUUUACAUUAAAGACUACCAGGCUAAGCAAGGAAUAACUUUAGACCCUGAAAACAUAAAACUAAACCCUGCUAAAAGACAAAUGGCCAAACUGUGUUUAAACUCUUUUUGGGGAAAAUUUGGCCAGAGAAAUAAUCUCACACAGAGCAAACUGGUGAGUGACCCCGAGGAAUUCUUUAACCUCAUGUUCUCUCCAAAAUACAAAGUGAGCUAUUUCUCUUUUGUCAGUGAUGAUGUGGCUCUUAUUCAAUGGUGUUAUGGUGACCUCUGCACUGCACUCCCAAACUCCACAGAUAACAUCUUCAUUGCGGCCUUCACUACUUCAUAUGGGCGUAUGAAACUCUACAGUUACUUGGAUCAGCUGCAGGAAAGAGCUAUCUACUAUGACACUGAUAGUGUAGUGUAUCUCACUAAAGAAAAUCAAUCUGAACUAGAAACAGGCAGGUAUUUAGGCGAGCUAACAAAUGAGUUAGACCAGGAUGAUUUCAUUACAGAGUUUGUUGCAGCAGGACCUAAGAGUUAUGGUUACAUGACCAGAAAAGGUAAAGUUGUUUUGAAAGCAAAAGGAAUCACACAAACACAUGAUGUCUGCGAAAAGGUCAACUUUGAAUCUGUAAAGACUCUUGUUGACAAUUACAUUGAUAACUGUGAAGGAGGGUCUACACUUGAGGCCCCUCAGCACAGUAUCAUUCGUAAUAAAUCAGCCUUUUCACUACAAAAUUCAUCAUUUCCCAAAAAAUUCCGGGUUGUUUAUGACAAGCGUAGAUUGCUGCCAGGAGGUCUGACUUUACCCUUUGGUUAUUGA